AUGUCGUCGUACCCCGGCUCGACGGGGCUGGCGAGCACCAACACGUACCAGCUCGUCAUCAUCAGCGUGAUCGCCGCCGCGAUCCUCGUGGCCGCCGUCACGACGCUGCUGUACCGCCGCCACCGGCACCAGCAGAUCAUGCGCAACCUCCCUGCCGGGGGGUACGUCGUCGCGCCGCCGCCGCCUGCGCACCGGCGGAAGCGGCGGCGGGACGUCGGCCCCGAGCCGGUCGUGUGGGAUGCGCUUGUUGGCGAGGAGGAGGACGACGAGGACGAGGAUAGCGAUGUCGAGGUCGGCGAGAAGGAGAAGAUGAAGGCCGACGGCGACUGGCUUGAUGAUCCAGAGCACUGGCAUCCCGUCGCCAUCGCGCUCCCACCACACGAGUCAGUCGACGGCACCACCGGCCCGGGCCUCACGCGCAUCAUCAGCCAGUACGAGGCCGGCCAGCGCCCAGCCACACCAGCGCUCGACAUGACGCUGCUGAUCGCCAUGCCGGACCCGUCCCUCCCCACGCCGGCAGACGACGGCGCGUACCCCCUCCUCCGGGUCGGCGCGCACGAGGACGGCGCGCUGCCCCCUCUCCAACUGAGCACGGCGCGCGUCGCCGUCGACAGUAGUAGCGGGUGGGACGCGCUAGACAAGCUCUGCCCGCCGCCCCCACCGCCGCCGCCCACCGCCGAGCGCGGCGUCCAGCGCGUGCGUGUAGAUGGUUUCUCGCGCACCAUCCUCCGGCUGCCUUCGCAGCGCCCUUAG